UUUUCCCAAAGCGAAAAUCCUUAAACUAUGAACCUAAAAUCUCAUACGUAUACGUUGUUGACUAAUCUCCUCAUGAAUAUCCCCUUGAACUUUUGUUUAUGUUUUACGUUUGAUGGUCGGAAUGAACUUAUUUAGUAUGCUUCCUAUGUAUUUACAGAAAAUAGGUAGAUAUACACGUUAUAACUGACACAAAUAAUGUUAUUCAAAUAAAUAAAAGAUGCGUCCUUGUCUGCAUACAUGCUAAAAUUCAAGUUUAAUGUCAUAAUUUUACCUUAAACUUAAAUCUCUGGGUUCUGUUUAAGAAAUAUGCCUACUGGAUUCUGAGACUCAAUGCACCAAAUGGACACAUCCCAAUAUGCGCUGAACACACUCAGACAAGACAUAGUCGAACACCAUUUACAACUGAAAGCCACAAUACAGGACAUCAACAUGUGCACGGGACCUCUUCUGGAAUUACAGAAUUUGAACAGCUUGGGACGCUCGAAAAUUUCCGCGAUCCGCAAAUACAUCGACAAGUUUGGUGAUAUGGCGAAAGAAAGCAAAGAGAAGGAGUUAUUGAAGGAGGUGGUUCUGCAAAGGGAACAGUUGGCGAGCUCGAUGGACGCGUUUAAAAAGGCGAACAUUAAAGCAAUGUUGGCACUGGAGAGAGGCGCUAAGGAAGAACUACUCCUGCCGAAGGAUCCCGAAACGCGUUUGAAGCACAGACAGAAACGCGACAAGCAGAAUUUAGUUAAGGCGAACUCAAGCAUAACCGAUCAACUGCUUACUAUCAGUAGGCAAUUGGCCGAAACUACGCAAAGAAGCGCGGAUACACUAGACACCCUUGUGUCCUCAUCAGAUAGCGUUGUGGGAACUCAGGAAGAACUCAAGGUCACAUCGAGUGUUAUCGGACAGUCGGGAAAGUUGCUAGCGAAAUAUGGCAGACGAGAAUUCACCGAUAAAAUACUCAUGUUUUUCGCUUUUACCUUCUUCGUUGCGUGCGUUAUUUACAUUGUCCACAAGCGGUUAUUUUGAUACAUCGCCCAUUUCCUUAUGAGUCAGCCAUUCCAUGUAUUUAAGAAAUCCCAGUAAAUAAAUAAUAAACGCACGUCCUAUUUUUAUUUAUACCAGAAGGCCACGGUUUUUUAAGAGAUAUGUAAGAGUUAUCUAAGUUCAAGACUAAUUCUCAUUCGAGGAAUUAGAUCAUUAAAUUGUUUUAGGAUGUGCGAUGACGCGCGUAAUCCUGUUCCUUUGUAAAUAAUUUUCUUGUGUGCGUACGUGUGUGAGAGGAAUACUUAUUAAACGUGCCUGAUGAACAAUAAGAAAAGUGCCAAGAAAAUUUCAAGGACAGAAGGGAAUAACGACCUUGCUUUUUGUAUAUAAAUAAAAGCGGGCGCGAAAUUGGCUCAGUAUUGUAGAAACACCACCACCAUGGGGAAGGCAGUUGUGUUAUUUUUCUGUGCAUUGCUCAUUAUAUGUGUAGUCCAUAAUUCUAGCUGCACAUCUACAUUUUUGGCAAAGUUGUUUGGCGGUUACAAUUACGGUGGCUAUGGUAGUUACGGUUACACUGGUGGACGAAGAACCGGAUAUGGUCGCCGUUUUGAAGAAGGAAAAACUAGAUGGAGAGAAAUUUGCAACAUCCAUAACAUUGAUCGGUUUGCAUUUCCUGGAAAGAUUCCCACUCCUGUCUGUGCAUAGUGUUUUUAGUACUACUACGUGCUUAUGUUGUACCCAAUCACUCGAAACGUCUGAUACUUUUUAAGAAAAGUAAAUUGCGUAACUAGAGACAAUGGGUAACUUUUUCAAUAGAAAGUAACAUUUUACGCCUACUUUUCUAGUAAUUUUUGUAAAAUAUGACUUUCAAAUGCAUGUUCCACAUUAGCCUUAAUUUGUUUAAGUAUAUAUCGUAUAGUUCUAAUUUAUUUAUGAUACCAGAUAUUAAAUUGUUUCACAGUUA